AUGAAGACCAAGUUUUUUCUAAAUCAACUAUUGCACAUCAGAAUUGCUAUUUGUCGCAACUAUACUUCUCAAUCAGCUUUUUGUAUUCCUCACAGUCAAAAUAGAAGAGAAGAAAAGCAGAAAAAGCACAUUUCCAAUAAACGUGAUUCAACUUAUGAUUAUUUUACAAUUAUAAUCGGCACUUUAGGCUAUCGUUUUGAAAAAACAGGCAGUAUAAUAUUGAUUCGAUUAUUUUGCUGUUAUUAUAUUUUACAUUUUAUUGUGUUUUUUACAUGUUUGAACUCGAUCAUUUGGAAAACCAUGAAUGUAUCAACUGUGGCACCUGUUAGUAAAGCUCUCAACGUGGGCUAA